AUGAUAAAUGAAGACAAGACAGUUAUUUCUGCUGAAAAUAUUAUGAAUGAUAUAUAUGUACUUAACAUAAAUAAAAAUAUUGAUAUAGAUAUUAUUCAAGAGGGAUUACUCAAUAUAGGUGAUGAAGAUUCUAAUAGUAUAUUAUUUUUAGAAGAAAAUAGUAAUUCAAAGCAUGAACUAACAGUACUUAAUGUAAAUCUAAAAGUAGAUAAAAAAAAUCAUAUUCCUAACAAACAAGAAUUAAAGUAUACUGACAUUGAAGUAACUAUUGAUUUUAAUAAAAAAAAAUUCAUUUAUAACUUAGAUAAUUCAAAAAUGCAUAAAUGUUAUUAUUUUAAAAUAAAAAAUAAAUUAGAUUAUAUUAUAAAAGAAGAAUUAAAUUUUAAAGAAAGCAUUUUAUAUAUAUACAAUGCUAUCAAUAAUAAAAAUUAUAUGAAAUGUUCCUGUUGCAUAAAUGAAAAUAGCGUUAUAUUAAAUACUGAAAACAGAGAGCAUUCUUUGCAUCACAAUCAAAAUAAUAUAAAAGCUCAAGAUAAUGAAAAAAAUGAUAUUAAGAAGUUUAUAAUAAAAGAUAAAUACAUAAAUGAAAGAAAAUUGAAUGAGGAAAAAAAUACUCCAUUUUUAAAUAAAGAUACAGAAUCGAAUAAUAUUUGCUCUUCCUUUGAAACAAGUAUAUUUUCAAAUAGUGGAAAAAAUGAAUUAAGUCAAAAAAAACAAGGUAAAUCGUAUUAUACUAAAGGUAUUCCAAAUGAAAUAAUUAAGAGCAAGUAUACUGAAGUAAAAAAUAUUAGAGAAUCAAAAAAAGAAAAGAACAAAAAAGAAGAAAAAGAAAAAAAUGAUUUAAAGAGAAUACAUGAGGAUUUAGAAUCUUUAACAGGUAAGGAAAUAAAUGAAGAUAUAUAUAAAUUAAAAUGUUAUAAUGAAGAAAUAAAAAAAAAAAAUGAUGAAAUAUUAUUUUCAAUAGAAGAUGCUGAAGAAAUAAGUAAUUUUCUUAAAGAAAACAUAAAUAAGAAAAAUGAAACUAAUAAUAUGAUGGUAGAAAAUGAUGAAAAAAAUAUUGAAAAGGGUGAAGAAAAAGAAGAUGAAGGGGAAGAAGAAAGAAAAAAAAAAAAAAUAAUGAAAAAUAUAAAUGAAAGUAUACCUUUAACAAUUAUUUUAUCCAAUAAAGGGAAUGAAAUAUGCAAAAGGAUAAUUGAAAAGUACUCAAGAUAUUAUAGAGAUUUCGUAGAAGAAAAAAUUUUAGGUUGUGGAGGAUUUGGCUAUGUAAUGAAAGUAAAAAAUAAAAGAUUUAACAUUACAUAUGCAUUAAAAAAGAUAACUUUAAACAAUUAUAAAAAAGGGAAUUAUUUAAAUAAAAAGUUUGAUAUGAAUGAGAAUGAAAAUAAUAGUUAUAUAAUGGAAGAGGCAAUAAUGAUUGCAAAAUUACAACACGAAAACAUUGUAAGGUAUUAUGAUGCUUGGGUAGAAAAUAAUAUUGAUUUUUAUUUAUAUAAUGAAAUAUUAAAUAAAAAUGAGAAUAAGGAAAAUAAAAAGAAAGAUAUCUAUAUAGAAGAAAUAAAAACCUUGUGUAAUUAUUAUAAAAAAAAUAAAGAUAAUAAUAUUUAUGAUAAAUAUUUAUAUAUAUUAAUGGAAUAUUGCCCAGGAAAAACUUUAAGAGAAGCAAUAGAUUGCGGUUUUAUAUAUAAAAAUGAAAAACUAAUAUGGGAAUUGAUUAAACAAAUUUUAAAGGGAAUAUCAUAUAUUCAUGACAUGAAAAUAAUACACAGAGAUAUAAAGCCAUCCAAUAUUUUUUUACAAAUAAGUGAUAAUAUUUUAACAGCUAAAAUAGGAGACUUUGGAUUAACAACAAAAAUUGAUAAUAAUAAAAUGAAUCCAUCAGCAGGAACAGUUCACUAUAUAUCACCUGAACAAUUAAAUGGAGAACAUUUUGAUGAAAAGGCUGAUCUUUUUUCAUUAGGUGUAGUGUUUUUUGAAAUGUUUCAUGAACCUUUUUCUACAUCAAUGGAAAGAUCAAUUGUUCUGUCUAAUUUAUUAAAAGGUAUAUAUCCUGAGUAUAUGAAAUCAGACCAGAAAAAAUUUCAAUUUUUAUCUAGUUUAUUAGCUAUAAAUCCUCAGGAUAGGUCUUGUGCUUAUAAUUUAUUGCAUGAUAACUUUCUUUUUUCUUUUGAAAAAGAUUUUACGGAAAUUUAUAAUUUAGUAGAAAAUAAAAGAAAUUGUGAAGAAGUUCAUACAAUUAUCAGUACACUAUUUGAUAAAUUUGACAAUAUGAAAGAAGAAAAAACAAAAAAAAAAGAAGAUUUCUUAACUUUUCAAACAGCUAAAGUAUUUACUGAAGACACAGAAAUAAAAAAAAGUAUUAAAAAAAAAAUUAUAAAAUCUCUUAAAAAUAGAGGUGCCAUUUUCAUUAUUACACCCAUUAUCUUACUAAAUAAAUACUACAUUGAUUUUGAUAAUACUUUUAUUGAUGAAUAUAAUAGUUCUUAUAAUUCAAAUAAAAAAAAGGAAAAUAAAAUAACCAAUAUUUAUAUUAAUACAAAUAAAAAUAAAAACUUUAAUAAUUUAUUGUAUUUGUUAGAUAUACAUGGAAAUACGAUUACAUUACGUUUUUCUUUUUUUUUGUCUUUUUCUGAAUAUAUAUACGAAAAUAUUGAAUCAUAUAAUAAAUAUAAUGAAGCUAAUUUUUUUUUAAAAUUUUAUACAUACGGCUUUACAUAUAAAAACCAAUUAAUUAAAAAUAAGCAAAUCAAAAAGGAUAUUAAUUCAAUAUAUCCAGAAGAGAUAGAAAAGAUAUUUUAUUGUAUUUUAAUUAGCUCUAAGAAUAUAUAUGGGCAAGAAGAAUUGAAUUAUCUUUCUAUAUUCUCUAAUGCAGAUAUAUUGGUAUCUAUAUACACUUUAUAUAAUCAUAUAUCAUAUUUUAAUAAACUAUUGUUUGUGUGGUCAUAUAUAGAUUUACUUCCCGUAAUAUUAAAUGAAUGUUUCGAAAUUCCUGAAGAUGUGUCAUAUGAAUUAAGUGUUCAUUUAAAAAAAAAUUCCAUUUUAUUAGUUAAUAAGUCAUCAAUUAUUGCUAUAGUUCAAAAAUAUAAAAUAAAUAAUAUAUCAAAAAUAUCGGAUUAUAUAUUUAGUUUAUUUCAACUUAAGUGUGAAAACAAUAAAGUAGAUGAAUAUUUAAACACUUUAAAUAAAUUUAUAUUAGAUAUAUUAAGCAAAAAGGAUUCACUUUUGAAUAAUAAAAGUAAUAGUACAUAUAUGGAUAUAGCAAAUGUAAGUAGUAGUAGUUUAGCCAAAGCAGCAUGUGAUAUUUUAAAUAAGAAUAACAUUUUACAUGAAAAUGAAGAAAUAAAUAAAAUGAAAAUUUUUUUAUUAUUAGAUAAGGUAAAAAAAAUUAAUAAUUUUAUAGGAACAAAUUCCAUAAUAGAUAACACAUCUUUCGAUUUAUUUUUAAAUUAUGAGGAAAGCAUAUUUUCCAAUGAAAUUAUAUUUUAUGUGAUAUCUGAAAGUAAAAACAAAGAUAUAAUAGCAUAUGGAGGAAAAUUUGAUAAAAUUAUUCAAAAUAUGAAUUCUAAUAAUAAGAAUUUAUUAAAUAUAAAGGCAUAUGGUGUAGAAGUUUAUUUAGAAAAAAUAUAUUUAAAGGUAAUAGAAUCAAAUGAAAAAUUAUCAUUUAAUAUGCAAUCAAAUGCAACAUCAGAAAAGUCACAAAUGUUCAAAAAUUUUUUAUUAUCAGUUGAUCAAAAUAACUUUUCAUGUACAAAUCAAUUUAUUCAAUCAUCUUUAAACAAUCAUCUUAAUUAUUCUUCACCAAAAGUUUUAAUUCAAGUAUAUGAAAUAAUGAACUUAUUAAUUGCAUAUGAUUUAUCAAAAAAAUUGCUAAGUAAAAAUAUAUCCUCAUAUACUUAUUUUUCUGUUAGUGCAAAUUUAAAAAAAAAAAUGAAAAAUUUCAAACCAAACAAGAUUCAUUUUAUUAUUACAAUUAAAUCCAAUAGUAAUGAUACUUCAUUUAAUCCUCUAAAUCCUAUUAAAUUUAAUGAAGUUACAUAUAAAAUUUUUAAUGCUAAUAAUCAAGAGUAUAACUAUAUGCAACAAGAAGAAUUAAUAAAUUACAUAAUUAAAAAUAUUUAG